AUGGCAAUUACGUCGGACGAGGUCAAUUACCUUGUUUACCGGUACCUGCAAGAGUCGGGCUUUCUACACUCGGCCUUUACUUUCGCUUACGAGAGCCAAUUGGCCAAGUCGAGCGUUAUUAAUACGGAACUUCCGCCGGGUGCACUUGUAUCUUUCAUGCAAAAAGGGCUUCAGUAUGUUGGUAUUGAAGCGCACAUUAAUGAGGAUGGUACCGAACGUGAGUGUGAUGGCGAAUUUUCCCUUUUAAGUCCGCACAUUUGUCGUGUAGCUCAGUCUACUUCUUCUAGUAGUGCGAGGACUCAUAAGGCGUCGAAUAAACGAAAGCGGAAAGGAGAUGGUUCGCCAGAUGCUGUAGAUGGAAUGAACGGAUUAGAAAAAUUAGAUAAGGAGGCUCUUGUGUUGCUGAAUGGACAUGAAAAAGAAGUGUAUGCGUGCUCUUGGAGUCCUGUGACAAAUAUUUUGGUUUCGGGAUCAAGUGAUUCAACAGCUCGUGUCUGGUCGCUGCCAAAUAAAGUAGAGGAUAGUAAAGCGCUAGUACCAAAAGUCUUGCCCCAUGGCACAGGACCACAUAAGGAUGUGACAACUCUCGAAUGGAAUCACGAUGGAUCCUUGCUGGCGUCAGGAACUUAUAACGGCAAGACUCGAAUUUGGAACGCUGAAGGGGAGAUGAAGCAAAUUUUUCAAUACCACAAUGGACCCGUAUUUGCAACGCGAUGGAGUAAGACAAGCUUGUAUUUGCUGAGUGCCAGUUUUGAUAAGACUGUGGUUGUAUGGGAUUGCACCACUGAAACAAAGAAACAACAAGUAAAAUUGCACGACGACCCGAUUUUGGACGCAUCAUGGAAAGAUGAUUUUACAUUUGCGACGUGCUCUUCGGAUAUGAGCAUUUGUGUUGCUCGUGUCGGCGAAACGAAGGCUGAUGUUGUAUUGCGAGGACACAAAGAUGCAAUCAAUUCCGUUAAGUGGGAUCCUUCUGGACGAUAUUUGGCAUCAUGUUCAGAUGAUUACACUUUAAAAAUCUGGGAUCCGUUUAAGGCUAAUGAUCUAAAUGUUAUAGCUGAUGAAAGUGUGGUGACAGCUGAAAAUAAUGAAAACUCUAAGAAAGAUACAGAACUGGAUGAAGCAACCUCAGCUGCGCUAUUAUUUACGCUUCAAGAACACAAGAAAGAAGUGUAUACAUUUCGAUGGAGCUGUACAGGUCCAGGUACCUCACUACCUGACCAACAAUUGACAUUAGCAAGUGCAUCCUUUGACGGCACAGUAAAACUUUGGGACGCUGACUCUGGUGUCUGUAGGAGAACAUUUGACCAUCAGUAUGUGACCCUGUUGAAUGCUUUUUGGCCUAAAACUAACGAUGUUGUUAAAAAAACUGUUUGGUGGUGCUGUAGGUAUCCCGUUUAUGGUGUUGCGUUUAGCCCGAAUGGGGAAUAUUUGGCUAGUGGAACAGUAGGCGGAAUGGUUAACGUCUGGUCACUCAAGGAUGGAUCCUUAGUAAAGACGUAUCAAGCAAAUGGCGAUAUUUACGAGGUCAAUUGGAAUAAAGACGGCGACCAGAUCGCCGCAUGUGUAUCCAGUGCAAUUUUGCUGCCGUCAGCUCUCACUUCAACUUCGUCUACCACGACCGCGCUCAACGGAGCAAUUGUUGCGAGAAAACCCGCUACUACUGCCGAAGUUGAGAGCGAAAGUCGAUCUUUUUGGCCUCUCGAAAUCUUGAAACUUGAAAAAUGGAACAACGAAUACAGCAGCAUUGACGAUUGGUUUUCGCGUAAAGGACUUCGCCACGUGGGGAUCAAGUUGUUUGAGAGGGAGGAAACCAUGGAAAAACUAGCCGAAUGGAUUGAAUUCGCUAAGUAUAUCCACCAAAGGGGAUACUUACUCCGAGUGGGUUACGUUUUGGACAAAGAGUUUGAAAACGAUAUUUACACUUUGUUAAAGGCGAUCACUAAGAUGAAAAAAAGCCCCAAGAAAAAGCGUACACUACUUGCAGAAGAUCUCGAAAAUACAUUAAAGACGGUUUGGUUGAAGAAUAAAUUGUCGUUAAUUGACUUGCUUAUAAAGAUGAAGGAAGAGGAUGUUCUAGCCGAUCUGAGCAGCGAAGCACAAGCCAAAGAGUUUGCCGAGAUUUUUCCGAUGGAGAUUCUACGUAACUACGCAAACUCGAGGUACUUUUCGGAGGCAGAAGAGUAUCUAAACAUUGCAAAAGACUUCAAGUUCGGUGAUAAAAAGCUGUCAGAACUGAUGGAAGGUUCCCACACUUUUUCCUCCACCAUGACCGAAGGGAAGGAGUCUGUGACACGCUUAUCUAACAAUCAGGAGACGAAACAAGUCAAGGCUUCAACGGGAUCGGGCAAGAAACGGAGUUGGUUUCGCCCUAAAGAAGAAAAGAACCAAAAGCAAACGCCGAAUGAGGCCUUAAAACCACCAGUGGCGCUUGAAGCUUCACCGCCACCCCCAACUGUACCUUUAUCCAGCACGCCCAUUAAUUUGUCAAAGAGAUUCGAAUCUGCACCGACGGAACCUCCAUCAAACAGCCUUCGAGCCCGAUUAUAUCGCUUUUUGGCUGCAUUGUGGGCGAAAUUACGGGCAAUACUGUGGCCUUUUGACUAG